CGCAACUCCGGCCCUUCCGUCUGCAUCUCUUUCGCCAUCGCCGCCAUCGCCUCCGUCUUCGCGGGCCUGUGUUACGCGGAGUUCGGAAGCCGUGUUCCGCGCGCGGGAUCCGCGUAUAUCUAUUCCUACGUAACUGUCGGCGAAUUCAUGGCUUUCGUCAUCGGAUGGAAUCUCGUUCUCGAAUACGUCAUCGGAACGGCGUCUGUGGCGCGCGGGUACUCGGGAUACAUCGACUCCCUCUUCGACGGCACAAUCGCCGCCCACUUUGAGNUUCAUGGCUUUCGUCAUCGGAUGGAAUCUCGAACGGCGUCUGUGGCGCGCGGGUACUCGGGAUACAUCGACUCCCUCUUCGACGGCACAAUCGCCGCCCACUUUGAGACGUGGCUUCCGAUCCGCGUUUCCGGUCUCUCCUCUUAUCCCGAUCCCAUCGCUUUCGCGCUCACCAUCGCUCUCACGCGUAACUAUGGCAACACCGCACACACCGCCCACUCACCCCUUCCCUCCCCCGCAGUGCUGCUCGCGCUCGGCGUCAAAGAGUCGAUUCGUUUCGCGACAAUCAUGACUGUCGUCAAUCUCGUGGUCGUCGUCUUCGUCGUCGUCGUCGGACUCUUCAAAAUCCGUUUCCAUAACUGGAAUCUCUCCGUCGAGGAGAUCCCCCAAGACUUCCGCAAAGACGCCGGAAACGGAGGUUUCCUUCCGUUCGGUUUCUCCGGAAUGAUGUCGGGCGCCGCCACCUGUUUCUACGCUUUCGUCGGCUUCGACGCCAUCGCGACGACCGGAGAGGAGGCGAAGAACCCGAAGAAAGCGAUUCCUUUGGCGAUCGUCAUCUCUCUG